AUGGAAGAACACUCUCAAGAUGGCCGUGAAAUUGCGUUCUUACACUCUGGUGACUUUCUCCAGAGAGAUUCCACCUCAAAGGAUCACCAACCAAACGAGUCUUCGGUGGAACAUCAUCACAAGCCGUCCAUCAAAGAAGUUGAUUUCUUCGCCGUCAAAAGUCAGCCGUACGAUCUUGGCCAUAUGAGAACUACGAUCGUUGGAUCUUCCAGUUUCAACAGUGAAUUAGCUCCGGUGAAUUCAUGUCUUCGAACAUCAAGUGAUGAUGAUGGCAAUGACAAAACCAAAGCCCAAAUUAGUAGGCUGAGAUUGGAGCUAGAGAGGCUUCACGAGGAGAAUCACAAGUUGAAGCAUUUAUUAGAUGAGAUAAGUGAGAGAUACAACGACCUCCAAAGUAGAGUUUUGUUGGCGAGACCGACACAAGUUGAAGGUCUUCAACAACAUGAGGACAUACCUCAAGCUGUUUCUUCACAAGCUCUAGAGGAUAGAAAACCAAUGGAUAUGAACAAUGAUAUUCCGGCCACCACCUUAAAACGGCGGUCUCCGGAUGACGUGGAUGAUCGUGAUCACCGAGAUUCACCAAAAGCUCCAAGAUUAUACCAAAACAAGAGCACUAAUCAUGAAGAACAACAAAACCCUCAUGACCAAUUACCAUUUAGAAAAGCUAGGGUUUCCGUACGAGCGAGAUCUGAUGCCACCACGGUAAACGAUGGAUGUCAAUGGAGAAAAUACGGUCAAAAAAUGGCCAAGGGGAAUCCAUGCCCUCGCGCUUACUAUCGUUGCACCAUGGCCGUUGGAUGUCCUGUCCGUAAACAGGUCCAAAGAUGCGCCGAGGAUACGACCAUCUUGACCACUACGUACGAAGGAAACCAUAACCAUCCUCUUCCACCGUCAGCCACCGCAAUGGCCGCAACCACCUCCGCCGCAGCCGCCAUGCUCUUAUCAGGCUCCAACACCAGCAACUUCCACCAAACCCUCUCUACCCCCUCCGCCAUGUCGUCAUCAUCAUCUUCCUUAUACCAGAACUUCCCAUACACUUCCACAAUCGCCACACUCUCAGCUACCGCCCCUUUCCCCACCAUAACUCUAGACCUCACCAACCCGCCUAGACCGUUACAGCCGCCGCCUCCGCCACAUUUUAUGAGCCAGUAUGGUCCCGGAGCGUAUUUAACAAACGCUAAUCAAACUAGGUCUAUCAAUGAUAAUUACCAGCAGUUAUUAUUACCUAACUUAUCGGGCCCACAAGUACCACGUGACAUGGUCGAUACAGUUAGAGCUGCGAUCGCAACGGAUCCGAAUUUCACGGCGGCGCUUGCGGCGGCGAUCUCAAACAUCAUAGGUGGAGGUAACAACAAUAAUAAUGCUAAUACUAAUGAUAAUAAUAAUAAUAAAGUUGAUGCAAAAAGUGGAGGGAGUAGUAACGGAGAUUCGCCACCGCUUCCACAGUCUUGCACCACUUUCUCCACCACCUAA